UUGGCCCAUCACUUUGAGGAAUUCACCUGUCAUGGCCAUUGAUGUCAAAAUUAAUUGGAAUUCUUGAAUUUGUUGUGAGGAGGAGGGAUAUUUUGUGUUGGUUCGAGUGGCGUAGCAUAGCAAGGUGCAAGUUCAGUAAUUAAUUAUGUAGAUUAUCAAAGCUAUUGUUCACACAGAGAUAGAUCGCUGUGAAUCGUAAAAAGUGCAUGCUUAUUCUCACGUGUCGCGAAGAAAGUUUUCUACUUAUUGUGAAAGGUAUUCGAUGAUAACACCCGUGUUUUAAGUUUCAACAUAAUUUUUAGUUCGUGGUGAUUAUCUAGUUUCUACGCAGCACGCGUUCAGCCCCGUUCAAUAUUGGAUUUGUGUAAAACAAUGAUUAUGAUAUAGAAUAUCAAUGUCGGGUGUAAAAACGAGUGAUACGAUGCCCAAAAUCGGGCAUGUGACCGACUUACGGGAGCAGUGGCUAGUGCGCACGGACGGUGCGCUGGCGCAUCACUUGCAGGACCGCGAGAUCUCGUCUCAUCUCUGCGAGAACAGGUACCGUAACCAGCAGAUCCGGGAAGACUUCCCUUUGGCGUUGAAUGAGCAACGCGAUAUAGAGCACGAAGUCCAGUUGCGAGAGCUGGCGCGCAGGCGACAGGCGGACAUCGACGCGGAGAUCGCGAGGGAAAUGGCGGAAAUCAACCUUCGCAGGCAGCGCUACAAACACAACCCAGAACCACCGCCCAUACCUCAACCAUGCUCAUCCAAAGCAUUCCCACCACCUGACAUAAACCCUGAAGAGCUAGGAUUGUCUGCAGCUGAGAUUGAGGAGAUGAGGUUGCGUCUAGAGCAAGAAGAAAGAGAUGCCAGGUUAGCCCGUGCACUCAGCCACGAAGUUCAAGGUGAAGAUGGCUUACUUGCUGACAUGAAAUGUGCGGUGGAAGCCCAGGACGGGGAGCUCGCCAGACUACUCCAGCAACGAGAGUACAAAAAACUGCAACGGGCCAAGGAAAAGGCAAAACAGAAAGCUCUACUCAAAAAGCAGCAAAGGCUCCAGCAAAUGCCUCUACCGGAUCCUCCUCAGGCUACUCUAUGUGAUGCUUACAGCAACCCACGAGACAUGAUUCGUGAAGGAAUGGGGCCUAGAGAUGGAUUACGUCUCUGCAAAUCAGUUGACUCUGAUUUGAAUUAUGUUGAACCAUUCGAACGCGAGCAUAUCCAGUCUAAAAACAGUGCACUAUUAUCCAAAGAAAUAUCCAAACAAUACUACCCUCAAGAACCUGGCACAUCCCGAUCUAAUUUGAAUAUAUCUCACAAGCAUUCCAAAUCUUUUGAUACCGAGAAGCAGAACAGCUCAAUUCACCAUAGACAUCCCCCACCACCGCCUUCAACUGGAAAGAAGCCACGAUUCCCAGACCCAGUGAGCAUUAGGCCAGCGUCACAUUAUCCUACAGACAAUGUACUGACUGACUGUCCAAACAGCCCUAACACGUCAAUGCCACACAGUGUCAGUGAAAACAACAACUUAUACAGCUCCACAUACCCUCCUGACCAUUCUACACCACAGCAGGGCUAUGAAAGACAAGAUCCAUCAAAACGGUUGUCAGUCAUAUCAGACAUAACAGCUGAGGGGCUGGCUAAGAAAAAGAGUAAGCAAGCUGAUAUGCAAAAGAAAAGAAGGGGAUGCAAGAUACAGUAAAGGGCCACAGAAUAGUUCAGCAGUGUCAGGAAUGUAUACCUCAUUUUAUUGUAUCUUAGCCCUGUCAAAGUUCUUUGUCUAAAAAGCUGUAACAAAACUGCUAAAAAUAUUUUUUGAGUGAAUUAUAUUACUACAUAGGAGCAAGGUGUUUAGUGUUAGAAUGAUAUUCAUUGCUUUGCAUAGUGCAAAGUACAAGUAGAUAGUCUAUGUGAGAGACAUCAAUCAUUCUUUGGCACAUAAUAACAUGGUUUUGGUUAUAGUUUUAUAAAUUAUAUGAAAAAUCCUAUGUAGCAAACUUUUUUUAGAGGCAGUUUUCCUUUUCCAUAUUUUUGGGGAUAGCUUUUAAACUAUUUUUUACUGUAAACAGCUUUUUAGAUAGGACAGAAGUGUGAACAAAGCCUUAGAGAAUGUCCCAAGAAUAAGCCACAUCCCUAAGAUAACAGUUCCGUUGUCCACUAAGACAGUAAACAGUUAAUUAGUAAUCACUAAUCACUCACUUGGUAAUGGCACAGUUGUUCUUAGAAUUUACCAUCUGAAUAAACACUGGGUGCCUCCCUGCUGAUGGACAAUCAACCUUUUUCUUUUCACAGUAAAGUUCAAUGUCUCUUGCUUUCUCUUUGUUUAAAGAUGAUUGUUUUUUUUCUACAAUAAUAAACUUUUAAUGUUCAAUUAAUGAGGAAAGUUCAAUAACUCCCCACAUUCGUGGUAAUAGAAAGGUUUUGUAAAGACUUUUAUUAUUGUAUGUCUGAUAGUCAUUAGCUACAGGGUGUGAUUACAAUUAUGUAUAUCAAUUUUUAAUGUUCAAUAAAAUGAUGAAAGUUCAAUAACUCCUGACAUUUGUGGUGAAAGAAAGGCAUUGUACAGACUUUUACUAUUGUAUGUCUAAUAGUUAUGUAGCUACAGGGAGUGACUAAGAUACAUAUCAACUUUUAAUGUUCAAUUAAUGAUGAAAGUUCAAUAACUCCCAACAUUUUGUGGUAAAAGAAAGGCUUUGUAUACACUUUUACUACUCAUGUAUGUCUAAUAUAGUCAUUUGUCUACAGGGUGUGACUAAGAUUAGAUUUAAAAUAAUAGAUUCCAAUAUU